AUGGGCUCCUCGGUGUCAAGAGACGAUUUCGAGUGGACUUACAACGAAGAACCACACGCCAGUCGCAGGAAGCUCAUUCUAGCAAAGUACCCACAGAUGAAAGAACUGUUUGGGCAUGACUCCAACAUGGUGUACAAGGUGGGCUUCAUGCUCACCCUACAGCUCAUAGCCUGCUACUUUGUACAGGAUGCACCGUGGCCGGUGAUCAUCCUCUUGGCGUAUUGUUUUGGCGGCGUCAUCAACCAUGCCAUGAUGACGGCCAUCCACGAAAUUUCACAUAACCUGGCCUUUUGGACCUCCCGGCCGCUUCACAACCGUAUCCUGGGCAUCGUGGGAAACGUCAUCAUUGCCGUGCCCAUCUCCAUCUCCUUUAAGAAGUACCAUCUAGAGCAUCACAGGUACCAGGGAAAUGAAGAAAUGGACAUGGACCUGCCAUCAAAGAUGGAGGGAGUUCUCUUCCACACCACCUUCACCAAGUGCAUCUGGCUCCUCCUCCAGCCCUUCUUCUAUGCCUUCCGUCCACUCUUCCUGCGACCAAAACCUGUCACAGGGCUGGAAAUUAUCAACACUGCCGUCCAGAUUGCCUUUGAUGUGGCCAUUUGGUACUUCUUAGGAGGCAAAUCUCUAGCGUACCUGAUGAUCGGCACCCCGCUCGCUAUGGGAGCUCAUCCCGUGGCCGGACAUUUCAUCUCAGAGCACUACAUGUUCAAGAAAGGCUACGAGACCUACUCCUACUACGGUCCACUCAACGCGAUCACCUUCAACGCUGGUUAUCACAACGAGCACCACGACUUUCCCAAUAUUCCUGGGUGCAGACUUCCCAAGGUACGUGAGAUUGCCCCGGAGUUCUACAACAACCUUCCUUGCCACACCUCCUGGACCCGCGUCCUGUACGACUUCGUGACAGACCCGGACAUCGGACCGUACGCCCGCGUCAAGCGCAGGAGUAGGCCCAUCCCCAUCAACCCUGCCAACCUGGAUGUAGAUGGCGACAUCAAGGCAGAAUAAAACAUCACAUGCAGACACAAGUACACUUCACCAUGUAGUAAAACGUUAAACUUUAUUCCAACACACAGUUUA